UGCAAGCUUUAAAUGCGGGUAGAAUCAUACUUGACUUAAUAUUUUGGUUAGGCGGAUUUAACUUUAUCUGAAAGUACGUUGAUUUACUUAUGUCACGACGGUGCAGAGUGACGCACCUCCCCAAUAACAACAACCUUCUCACUUACCAUCGAUACUUGCUGUCAACUGACAGCGAAAAGUAACACCAGGUUUUUAUGGAUCACCUUGGUCCGUUCGAAAAGCGCGAAAACGACAAAAACAAACAACAUCACGUUUCGUGUAGGGAAAGUUAAUCGAAUAGCUAGUGAGAGUAGAAGUGAAGAUUACACACAAAACUUUCGAGGCCGAAAAUUAGCAAAAUUUUGCUCAAAUUUGACCAGCUAAAAUCUUAGCAAUCAAUUUAGCAAUUUUUUCGAACUAAAAUUUUAGCAAACGAGAGAAAAAUUUAGCCGCCGCAAUUUUUGCUCCCUUUUCUAGCAAAAACCGGAGAAAAAGAUCGCCGGACCUGAAAUUUCAAAAUUUAUGGGCUUUUCUCUGGAGAUUUAGGGGGAAUGUUUGAUUAUUAAAUACAAUACUCAAAUUUCAUUCACUUUUAAUUUAUUGUUCACAUUUUUCCAAAAAAAAUUAACACUUUGUAGAACAGAAGUUCCGAUCCUGGGGACGCACUUUCCGGCGAGCGAAAUGCAAUGCCAUUCUUACCAACGAAUGCACUAAGUUGUGUGUCGGAUGGAGCUCGUUGAACUUUCAAUCUCGGCCCUUUCCAUUUCCAGACCGUUGAGGAUUUCUUUUUGAAGUUGUAACCUGGUAGAAAAAUAAUAAACAGUUUUGAAAUUAAAAAGUUGGAAAAUCUGUAUAAUUUAUAAUUGACCCUACCUGUACGCUUCCGGCGUCGAUUAGGCUAGUAUAUCGUAGUUGAAUUAGCCACCUUUAAAACCACCAGAAUCGAACUUUCGGAACCGCGCUCAAUCGUGUCAGUUUGUUUUUUUUUUCCUCCCAACACGCGGCGGCUGCUGUCUGUACACAAAGCGGCUAAACAACCUUCGUUUUACUAAAAUCAAGCAAGAUAAACUUUAAAACUACUAAAAUCAAGUAAAUUUAGCUUUUUGCUAAAUCGACGGUAAAAAAAUAUUUUUGCUAACGGAAAGUAACAGUGAAAUUUUGCUAAGUGGAGCCCCGAAAGUUUUGUGUGUAGACUACCACGAUUAGUACGGUCGAUUGAAAACAUUGCACGAACAAAUUAAAAAGUGACUGUUAAUUUAGCAGUCAUAAACAGUACGGAUCGUUGCUACUUGCGAGGACAGGCACAGGUACAGUUGAAGGACACUAAACGUAAGUGGAAAACAUUACUAUAAACAUAAAAACGAAUGUUUAAGAUACCCGAACACGAAUGUACACACAAGUUAAAAAUCACUUAGCCUAAUUGGGGUCCCGCAUAGCUAAAAACCAUACUAUGGAUCUUUCGAAUUAUUCGGUUCUGAUAACAUUAAUAGUUACGACUUCUUUUGGGUCAUUGCUUAUGUGUCUUUGCUAGAAACGAGAAAAAACCAUUCCUAAAAGAUAAGAUAAAUCUUCCAAAAAACAAAUUUAGUAAUUUUGGCAACGCGACGAUAAGAUACAAAAUUAUACCUGAAAGAUACAGUUAAUAAUCAUGAAAAAUAAUCGAUUAUUUUAGCAACGCACCACAAAAUUUUCUGCUGUCACUUUUACACGUGGUUGAAUUUUAAUUAGGAAAAUAAAAUUCAUCGCGGCGAAACAGUUCGUGAAAAUUUCACUCUUUCGAGAAAAUCCGGAACGCAACAGAACCGGUUUCGAUGUUGCGAUGGAUCGGUUGGCGAUGCCGCCAGUUUCCAGUUGUGCGAGGUCGCAGCCAGCCGGAUGUCUCCCGAUCAAAAAGCAGACGUCGGAAUUGGGCCACAUUUAAUUAACUUGAGGAUCGCUGUUAACGGAAGAUUAUUAUUAUGUUGGGCCGGUCCGCUAGGAAACAGCACCGGUUCCAACGGUGCGAGGAUCGGUAGUCGAUAACAAAUGUGUUUUUUGUUUUUUUUAAAAACUAUAUGUAUGUAAUUGUGAAUAAAAUGCUAUAAAAAAGAUCUUAUAACUGUUUUUCAUUUCAAUAGUUUAUUGCAUAGUAAUAAUUGUAUCUAAAGGACACGAUAUGUUGUAUCGUUUUUUUUUAUGAGAAAACCAUUAAGUGAAGAUUCCACAUAUGAUACAACUCGCUCAUUGUGAGUAGAAAAAAGCAAAAAAAAUGAAUGGUUACUCUACUUAACGACCCGUUCGCUGUAUCGUAAAGUGCGUCCAAACGAUUCCAUUCCAUGAAAAAAAGACUAGUUUAAUCGUACAUUAAUAAUCCAAAACUAUAAAGCUGAUCUUUCGUGUGUCUUGGGAAGAAGAUCAUGGAAAUCGUUAUUGUAUAAUACCGAUUCAUGCGGGGUUUCAUUUGUCUUCCUCAAAGGGAUUUAAUAACACAUCUACCAGAUAAAAAAGAUUGUUAUCGAACCGGAAUUUUACUUCUUCUGUCUGUCGUUCGCUUGCGCAACAUUUUAUUAAAUCCGUUUACGAUCGGGGGCUUAUUUUGUCGGUAUGUCGAAACAGCGGGGAACUGCACCGGUGGGUGCGAAUUGUGGACUAUGUCAACAGCCGGAUACUAGCCGUAUGGUAGCGUGUGAUUCUUGUGAACGGUGGUUUCACUUUGCGUGUGUUGGUGAGGAUUCGAGUGUUGAGGAUCGGGAGUGGAUCUGCGAGAGUUGUGUUGCCGCAGCUAAUCAACCUCCGGCUGGCACGUCGACACCCAAAAACAACAACAACGCCGGUGCAAUACCAAUGUCGGGGAAUAAUUUACCAACGGAUCCGAGACUGGAGGAAUUUCUGCAGCAGCAGGUGUCCAAGCAGCUAGCAGCAAUGCAGGCGCAGUUUGACCGGAUGUUGAAAGAAAAGGAAGAGCACCAGGCAAAGGAGCUCAACGAUCAACGGGAGAGAUACGAGCAAAGGCUUAAAGAUACGGAGCAGCGUGUGAUGGAGCAGGUAACUUCGACCCUGCGCGGUGGAUCAGCAGCAGGUUUGGGAGCAAACCAAACGUCGCAGAUGGCCAAUGUUGGAGCGGCUAGAGGUGCUGCUCGGAGUGAGCGACCUAUGUUUUUAUUAGAAAGUGCAUCUACGGCGGGAGGUUCUGCAACCCAAAACCCGCAAGCGAUCAACAGUGGAGCGACAAGCAACGUACGGUGUAAUCAACCUAUGGCAUGGUUACCUGGUGCCGGGCCUCUAGCGAGUUCGACGACGAACCCACUGCCGCAGAUUCAUGCUGGCGAAGCGAGCUGCGACGCUCUUGCUCAAGAGUUGAAGCUGUUGGAGGAUAAGCAGGCUAUGGAGCGAAAGCAUUUCGAGGAGCGGCGGCAACUGCUGCAGCGGCGAAUGGCGGUGAAUGUUGGUCCGACCAGUGGAAGUACCGGCCUGAAUCCAGAAUCGGCGGCAUUUCAACCGAGUGUUGGCAGUUUCUGCGGUGCGACUGGAGGUGAUGUUGGGUAAGGGCUCAAGCGACGGCGUUCUU